AUGGGAUCAUGCUGCACCGGAUCUUAAGGAUAGGAGAAGAAUUGUCAAAUCAUCUUAUAAACUUAAAUACAAAAUACUAUCAUAUCUGAAUACGAUAUUAAAUACCAUAAGCAAAUUCAAUUCAUCCAAGGUAAGAUUGUGAACUAAGUGUAAGCCUGUGCUAGAGGAUAUCUUGUGAGGAAAAGAUAUUAAAAUCUAAUACAAAAGUUGAGGAAAUAGAAGAUGAUAUCAAAAGAACAAUACAAUUAUUCUAAUGAGUUAAGUUUCAAAGACACCUUCCCAUUUCAAGACCCCAAACUAACUUAAAUGACUAAAAGUCAGCAUCAAUAAAUAUAUCAAGUCAAGAAAUUACCAAAAGUACCUGACUAUUUAAGCAGUAGAAUUAACAAGAUUCUGUUAUUAUAUACAAAUUUUAAGUAUGACACCGAAGAAGACAAUAAAUUUAAUUUUCCAAUUUAUUAAUUAGAUGACGGUUCCAUUUACCAUGGACAGUGGAAAAAUGGACAUGGAUGUGGAAAGUAGUAUUGGCAAAAUGGUACCUUUUAUGAAGGAUAUUGGGCCUUUAAUAUGUUUGAUGGUCGAGGGAGAUUGGUUCACAGCGAUGGCAACAUUUAUGAGGGAGAAUUCAGAAAUGAUAAAGCUUCUGGCAAAGGAAUAUACUAUAGCAUUGAAGGAUUAAAAUAUGUAGGCGAGUGGGAAAAUGAUGUGUAAAGUGGUCAAGGAAUGGAGAUAUGGCAUGAUGGAACUACUUACAGUGGAGAAUAUAAGAAUGGACUUAAAAACGGAUAAGGAGUAUUCAAAUGGUCGGAUGGAUCAAUGUACACAGGAUAAUUCGUUGAUGGUAAUCUUGAAGGAGUUGGGUAAUUCAAAUGGGAAGAUGGUAGAGUCUAUGAUGGAUACUGGAAGAAUAAUUGUAUGCAUGGAAAUGGAUAAUUUAAAUGGCCAGAUGGAAGGAAAUAUGAGGGUUAAUACAAUAACGGUAUCAAGGAAGGCUUAGGUCAAUUCGAGUGGCCUGAUGGUAGACUCUACAAAGGAGAUUGGCAGAACAAUAAAUAACAUGGUGUUGGAAUCUAUUUAGGAUACAAUGGAAUCGAAAAAGAGGGAGAAUGGGCUGAUGGGAAACUUGUUAGAUGGAAUAAAGGCAAAGCAAGAAUGUCGAUAAUCUGA